CAAAUACAUCAACCGUCUGACAGAAAUUCAGGGAUUCACUGAGCCUCAGAAGGAGGAAUAUUUCAGGAAGAGAAUCAGUGACCAGCAUCAAGCCAGCAGAAUCAUCUCACACAUCAGAAAAGCAAGAAGCCUCCACAUAAUGUGCCCACAUCCCUGUCUUUUGCCAGAUCUCAUCCACUGUGCUUCAGAAGCUCCUGGAAGAAGAUCUGAGUGCAGAAAUCCCUCAAACUCUGACUGAAAUGUACAUCCACUUCCUGCUGAUUCAGAUGAACACAAGGAACCAGAAGUAUGAAGAGAGAGAUCCAGAGAAACCCUGCAGUCUAACAGUAAACUAAUUGUGAAACUUGCUAAAGUUGCUUUCAAACAGUUGAUGAAGGGCAAUGUGAUGUUCUAUGAGGAGGACCUGAUUGAGAGUGGCAUAGACAUCACUGAUGCCUCAGUGUAUUCUGGGAUUUGUACUGAGAUCUUUAAGGAGGAAUCUGUGAUUCAUCAGAGAAAAGUAUAUAGCUUUGUUCAUCUAAGCAUUCAGGAGUUUCUCGCUGCUUUCUAUGUGUUUUACUUUAACAUAAGCAGGAAUAUAGAACCAUUAUUGGAUUCACUGCAUUAUUUGUAUAAAAGAGCAGUAGAUAAAGCCAUUGAGAGUGAGAAUGGUCACCUGGAUCUGUUCCUGAGGUUUCUGAUGGGCAUCUCACUGGAGUCUAAUCAGAGACUUUUACAGGAUCUACUGACACACACAGAGAACAGCUUAGAGAGCAUCACAGAAGCCACACAAUACAUUAAAGAGAAGAUCAGAGGUGGACAUGACCUCUCCACUGAAAGAUCCAUCAAUCUGUUCCUCUGUCUGCUGGAAGUGAAAGAUCAGACUCUGUCCAGAGAGAUUCAGGAUUUUGUGAAAUCAGACAAACACUCAGAGAAGAAACUCUCUCCUGCUCACUGCUCAACAAUCUCCUACAUGCUUCAGAUGUCAGAGGAGGUGCUGGAUGAGCUGGACCUCAAGAAAUACAACACAUCAGAUGAGGGGAGAAGACUGAUACCAGCUGUGAUCAACUGCAGAAAAGCUCUCUUUCCUGGUUGUAACCUCACUGCUCAGGAUUGUAAAGUUGUAUCAUCAGCUCUUCAGUCCUCUAACUGUGUCCUGAGGAGCUGGAUCUGAGUAACAAUGACCUGCAGGAUUCAGGAGUGAAGCUGCUCUCUGAUGGAUUGAAGAGUCCAAACUGUCAGCUGCAGAU